GGCGCUGCGUGCCUGCGAGAUGGACGGGACAGAAGGCAAUGCCGAGCAGCCCGGCUCCGCUGAGCGGUCCCAUCGAAGCAGCGUGUCCUCCGUGGGAGCACGAGCAGCUGACGUGUUGGUAUACUUGGCGGAUGACAGGGUAGUGCCCCUGGCCGUGGAGAACCUGCCCUCACUCAGUGCCCACGAGCUGCACCGCGCUGUCCGAGAGUUCCUGCAGCUCCCAGACAUCGCCCUAGAGGCCUUCGCACUCUGGCUUGUCUCCCCUCUGCUGGAGGUGCAGCUGAAGCCCAAGCACCAGCCCUACAAGCUGGGCCGCCAGUGGCCGGAGCUGCUGCUGCGCUUCACCGACGCCCCGGACGACGACGUGGCCAUGGAUGAGCCUUCCCUGCAGUUCCGAAGGAAUGUGUUUUUCCCAAGGCGGCGGGAGCUCCAGAUCCACGACGAGGAGGUCCUGCGGCUGCUCUAUGAGGAGGCCAAGGGCAACGUGCUGGCCGCUCGGUACCCAUGUGACAUCGAGGACUGUGAGGCCCUGGGUGCCCUGGUGUGCCGUGUGCAGCUCGGGCCCUACCAGCCAGGUCAGCCCGCCGCCUGCACCCUGAGGGAGAAGCUGGACUCCUUCCUCCCUGCCCACCUCUGUAAGCGGGGCCACGGGCUCUUCGCUGCGCUCCGGGGCCGUGGGGCCAAGGCUGGGCUGGGCGAGCAGGGGCUGCUGAACGCCUACCGCAAGGUGAAGGAAGCGGUCGGCGAGCAUGAGGCCUCCCUGAGCAGCUACUACCGCGCCUACCUCCUCAAGUGCCAUGAGCUGCCCUUCUACGGGUGUGCCUUCUUCCACGGCGAGGUCGACAAGCCGGCUCAGAGCUUUUUGCACCGGGGCGGGCGAAAGCCAGUGGCUGUAGCCAUCAGCCUGGAGGGCGUGCAUGUCAUUGACAGCAGGGAGAAGCACGUCCUGCUGGGCCUGCGCUUCCAGGAGCUGUCGUGGGACCAUACCUCCCCCGAGGAGGAGGAGUCUGUCCUGUGGCUGGAGUUCGACGGGGACAAUGAGGGCACACCGGUCAACAAGCUCCUCAAGAUCUACUCCAAGCAGGCCGAACUGAUGAGCAGCCUCAUCGAGUACUGCAUCGAGCUGAACCAGGCUGCGGAGGCCGCCGCUCCCCAGGAGAGCGUGUCUGGUCCCCACUCAGCCCCCAGCUCCUUGCCACCUCCCGCUCAGCGCCCCCAGCUGCGGAGGCAGGGCAGCGUGGUGUGCAGCCGGAUCCAGCACCUCUCCACCAUUGACUACGUGGAGGAGGGCGAGCAGAUCAAGCGGGUGAAGCCGAAGCGCACCACAUCCUUCUUCAGCCGGCAGCUCUCCACGAGCCAGGGGAGCUACACCGUGGUGCAGCCCACCGACGGCCUGGAGCAGGGCUGAGGGCGGCAGUGCCAGGCAGGAGGAGGGCACGGGGAGGCCCCUGGACCUGGCCCAGUGCUGUCCUCCCUGAGGGGCAGGGCAGGCUGUGGCCCUCACGUUGGGGUGGGGGGCUUCCUCGGAGCGUGGAGGAGUGACUUCUGUGGCUGAGACGGUGCCUGGGCUGUGGAGAGCUGGCCGGGGGCUCCCACAGGGUCCCUCCUGCAGCCUGCCCGUCCUUCCCCUGGACUCUGAGCCCCACUGCUGUCUCAGGACCAUUUGAUCAGGCCCCGGCCACCCCCUCCCACCCAGGGAUGCGCUUUUGUGCCCUUCUCAAGAUGGACAGUGUCCCCUGCUGUGAAGUGCCCCGUGGCGGUUCUGAUGGCAGGUAGCCAAGGAAUAGGGCUCGGGACCUGGAGGUCCCGUGUGUGUCUUCGGUCUUUUCCCUGGACUCAGGUGACCACAUCUCUGCAUUCCUUCUGCUGGCAUUCCACCCUGUGCUGCCAGGCUGGGCCAGCGCUCUACGGGGCGGGGCAGGGCCCCUCCCUGGAUUGAACCGCAGCAAGAACAGAGAAGGCAAGGCCCCCCCACCCAAACCCUCCCUGGCUGGAUGGAACUGGAGGGAGCUGGCAGGACCCGGCUCCCCUGUGCCCCUCACUCAGGCAUCUCUUGCGGGCAGGAGACACUCUGACCAGAAGGAAAGUGCCCUUUUGCUAGCCUUUGGUGACAUCACUGUGCUGGGAGGUGGCUGUCCUUGGACAACAAGCCCACCAGACCCACCCUCCACACUCGGAGAAGCUCCCAAACCCCCUUGGACAUCGUGUUUAGUUUUGGUGUUUUCUCUUCUGCUUUGGUCCCAUGAAGCCUGUGAACUCGGGCAACUCAAGAGAACGCCCGCCAACCUCAGAGCUGCUGGCUGCCCUGGAGAUGGCACUGUGGUUUCCAUCGGGCCUGACUCGGGGGCCACCUGUGCAUGGGGAAGUCCCUCCAGGAGACCGUGAUGAGAGCAUGGACGAGGUGGAGGCUGGAUGUGGCGCUGGUCGUGGCCGGCCCAGGAGGAGGCCCCUCCCAACCCUCAGGCUCCUCCGCUGUGGGCCCCUGGCUCUCACGGGCGCUCCUGGGACUUUCCACCGGAAGGAGGCGGCUGGCUCAGCACAGGGCUUCGCUUUGUCUCCUGCUCCCAGUGGAGAACCAUGGGAGAGGAAACAAGAACCUCUGGUCUCCAGAUGCCAGAGCCCGCUCACCUCCUCCUCCCUUUGGGGACUUUUGAACACUCCAGAUGUUCUGAGCUGGGCUUGCCUUCCAGCAGCAGGGACUUUGUUAUUUGUCAUAACAAAUAGGUAUCCCCAGCCUUUUGGAAUGUCCCGGCCAGAGGUCAUCUGGUCUCCCUUCCUGGAGUCACUGGCCUCACUGGCUGCCCAGCCAUCUGGCUCCCUGCCCUGGUUCUCUCCUCCCACUCACUGUUUUGAUUCCAGGUGAAUUCUUAUCUGAUGGGCUGACGUGGCCUGUGGGGUGGGUGUGUGUGUGUGUGUACACACAAAUUACUUGUUUUUAUUCUUCAGCCUCUUUCUCCUGUUUUCUAAGCCUCCGUUGUGCCUUAACCUUUUCUGCCUGCCCUUUGGGACAAAGCAGGAUUUUACUAAGUGCCCUUUGAAUAUUCUCAUUCUUUUGUAUCAUGUGACGUAUUAAUAAUAAAAUCAGUUUCCAGCAAACGUUGGGGUGGUUU